AAACGUAUUGAAGCUGUUGAUCGUCAGUUGUUUGGUCUUCCCCGUUUGGAAGCUGAUUGGACUUAUGAAGAAUUUUGCAGUAGUUACCUUGACAAUGAAACUUUAUUGUUUAAGGAGUUCGCAAAUAAGGGUUACGUAACUCUUCUCGCCGAGGAUUGGAUGUUUGGGGUAAUGAAUUGGCCAAAUUGCUGGGGAUUCGAAAACCAGCCCACAGAUCAUUACAUGAGGCCUUUUCAAGUGGCUAUUGAGAGCAGCGACAGCAAAGUGCUCAAGAAAACCUACAGUGAAGAGAAUUGCAUCGAGCAACAUCAGGACAUUCUUCGAUAUUUAGAAGAUUUCUUGUACUCUUAUAAGGGUAAGAAUGAACGUUACUGUGAAAGG